AACAAGAGAGCUGUGAUGGCCGCCCUGCUGGUGACUCAUCCCCCAGGCCUACCACAACACUCAUGAGGUAAUGCUCCUCACACACCUGCCUUUAUCCUAUACUCACACCAGGCGUGAGACAGGUGUGCCUGCAGUAAAGGCAGCGAGGCGGGAGGCGGCAGGAGCCAGGUGUGUGGUGGCAGCUGCCUCACACACACAUGACGGAGCAGUGUGGCGGCGGGGAGGCCUCUCUGCCCACUGGAUAUGACAGUGAACAAGAUGCCUAGGAGCAGCAGUAAUCAACCAGAAGGGGGUAAGAAGAGGCAGGUUACUCUAUCAGUUAAGGACAAGCUUAAAGUCAUUGAACUGUGUAACCUUGGCCGUUCUGCUGUGAGCAUCGCGAGAGAAUUUGGCAUAGGGGCAAGUACUGUUUGUGAUAUAAGGAGAAAAAAAGAGCAGUACAUGAAAUAUAUGGCUACUAGUGAUAAUGUAUACCCAUCUGAGGGUGAUGAAGAAAAUUUUCUACUUGGUAAAGAGACUAAGCUCGUGACAAUGAGUGCAUUUGCAAGUAAAAGUGGGAGGGCGGUGCACCCCCAGUCGGCUCCGUCGGGUGCUGCACCAGGAGGCAACACAGAAUUAGCCAGUUUGUUUGAGUGUCCAGUCUGUUUUGAUUAUGUAUUGCCACCAAUCCUACAGUGCCAGAGUGGACAUUUAGUAUGUGCCACUUGUCGCCCAAAACUCACAUGCUGUCCAACAUGCAGAGGACCUUUAGGAAAUAUAAGAAAUUUAGCAAUGGAGAAAGUGGCAUCCACAGUCAUGUUCCCUUGCAAAUAUUCCUCCUCUGGCUGCUCGGCAACCCUCCUACACACAGACAAAACGGAACAUGAAGACACAUGCGAGUUCCGUCCAUAUAUGUGUCCAUGUCCAGGUGCUUCUUGUAAAUGGCAAGGAUCUUUAGAACAAGUUAUGCCACAUCUGAUGAGUGCCCACAAGAGUAUUACCACAUUACAAGGUGAAGACAUAGUGUUCUUGGCAACAGAUAUAAAUUUACCUGGAGCUGUAGACUGGGUCAUGAUGCAGAGCUGCUUUGGUCACCAUUUUAUGCUGGUGUUAGAAAAGCAGGAAAAGUAUGAUGGCCAUCAACAGUUUUUUGCCAUUGUACAACUGAUUGGCUCAAGAAAACAGGCUGAAAACUUUGCGUACAGAUUGGAGCUGAAUGGACCCCGGCGAAGACUAACCUGGGAAGCCACUCCACGAUCAAUACAUGAAGGUGUUCAGUCAGCAAUCAUGAACUCUGAUUGCCUAGUGUUUGAUACUUCCAUUGCCCAGUUGUUUGCAGACAAUGGCAACCUCGGCAUUAAUGUAACAAUCUCCAUGUGCUGAACAACCCUUAAUGCCUGGCUACAUGGGAUCACGAGAAGCUGCUGAUUCUGCUCAACAUUUUUGUGGGAUGUAAGGGGCAUCUUUGCUAAGUAUGAUGGAGUCAGCAUUUCCUUGACAUUAGUCAAAGUACUGGUGGAAUUGGAGGAUGCCUCACAAGACAGUGGGGGAUUUUGACACAGGUUAACUACUCGAGUCAUUUAUUAGUAGGUGAAAAGACUAUUGUUUUGUGUGUGGAUCCCCUUAGGGUUGAAACUCCCCUUGGUGCCAUGUAAUUUAUGAAAGUGAAAUCCUUCAUGAAUCAUCAUGAGAUUAAGCCAAGUACAAUAAAAAUUAAGUUUACACAGAUGUAAGAAUUCACUGUACAUAGCAUUUUCAGAGAUAUUUGAAUGAAGGAAUGACUUUUGCUAUUCACCUUUAGUAUUAUAAGUACAUUACAGUACACUAUAUUAAUUUUUACAUCAUUAACUUAUUUAAUGUCCAGUAAUUUCAUAGUGCAAUGCAUUUUAUUUAUUGACUGCACUUCAAGCUGUUUCAUAAUAAAUUAUCAGUAAAUCUAUUUCAUAUGAACUAAUUAUUUUUCUUCUGAAGUCUAGCUGAACCCUUUCUUCUGUUCAAUUUUCCCAUGUUCGGUGAUUUCAGAUCAUUCAAAAGAGGCCUGAAAUCAUCAUGCUACUGUGAAAGACAUGUAUAUGUAUUAUUUUAUUUCAUCCUUGUUCUUUUCUGCAAUGGAGAUUACUGACUUUGAGGAGGAAUUAGCUUAUACUUCUCAAAUACAGCCAAAGUGUAUGCCAUAAUUUUUUAACUAAAUGGGGUAAUGCAAUAACACUUCGUUAACUAGUACAGAAUUUAUACAGUUGAACCUCGUUUAACGUCAGGGUUUAUGUUCCUGAAAACUGUGACAUUAACUGAAACAAUGUUAAGUGAAACCAAAAAUUUCUAACUUAAUUUUAUUACAAUAUUGUAUUCCUCUAUUUCUUUGGACUUUCAUUAGGAUUGCAGUACUACCUAUUAUCGGCCAUUUACCCAUCAUGUCCUCUUGAUCAAGGAAAGUUUUUACUAAUAAUAUUAGCUUGGUACUCGCACACAUUGUUUAUGUCCAUGAUCAGCUGGUGAGAGGCACUUGUUUCUGCAGCAGCUAAUUCACAUGAUAAUUUGCUAACAUAGCCAUAUGCUUGUUUUACAAUUUUUUUUUCUGGUACUGAAUUUUUUUAUUAUUUUCAGUAAAGAAAAAGUUUUGUUUAUAUAAAGAGUGUCCGUAGACAAUAUUUAAGCUUGCCCUCGUAUUGGGUACUUUUUCUAUAAAUACCAUAGGUUUCCACAUUGUUUUCUCUAUCUUACAUUGGGAAACAUAAAAAAAACAGUACUGUUUGCCUGUCUGAUGCCAUAGAAGGUUUAAAAAUAUCUAUUUAUUUAUUUUUCUCCAAAGUAAAAAUUAAAUGACUUUAACUGGGGCGACGUUAAGCAAGGUUCACCCGUAUUUCUCUUAUAGUCUACAGGGAUUUAGGAGGCACAAAUUGGCCACUUUUUUUUUGCUUCCAAACUUUCCAUGCAAAUUAAGAUGUAUUUUUGUAUAUUUUAAUAAUGUAUUCGACAUUUAAAUUAUUUGAGUUCGUUUGCUCUUUUUGUGGAGAGCUGCAUAACUAGCCUGACCCCCUGUACAUAACUGGCAUCCAUUUCAGGCAGCAGGUUGCAAUCGUAUAUAUGCUCUUCUUCAGCAUUAUAACCUUCCAGUAUAGUUUUGAUGCAAGUUCCAGCAUUUUCACAUACAAAAGGUCCUGUAUGUGGGUGUGCUCAUGUUAACAUUACUCCGUAUUUUACUGCCCAUACGUGAGGAGUUUAAACUGUUUUAUUUCUGAUCACUUACUUUACCAGUCUUGUGUAAACCUAUUUAUUGGUUGGUAUAAAACAAGCUAGUUGAGAAUAAAAUAGCAACUCUUAAUAUUAA